UGACUGUAACAUUCCAGCUGUGGCUUUGGAAGCUGUAGGUUUCCCAAGACAUCGUAUACAAAGAUGUUAGGUAUAUUAAUGAGUUUAAAAAAAACACUGAAGCUACCUUCAAGCAAGCAAACCUUUAUUCAGCAAACUUUCUAUUAGCUUUCCUCUGGAACUUUCGUGGUAACUCUGGAAUGCCGGGUCAAACAACAGCCUAGUCAUAGAGUAUUCCCUGGUGGCUUUGAAGCAUUAUGGCAGGCCGUCUAGGCUAAUCAUUUCAAGCGGCCCAUGGAAAACCACUUUCUGGUUAAGUCUGCAUCAUACUGUUCCACCAAUGGAAAAAAUUGAACACAAGGAGGGUGUGUAGCUUGCAGACAAAAAUACAUCCAGCAUAGCACAGGAUCUGUUUUUAGCUCAUAACGGCUGAACAUUUUGAAGUGUUAGACACAGUUUCCUGGCUUACCAGGGACAGAAAGAAAGUGAGAGUCUGUGUAUAGGCUACAAAGUUUUGUGAAAUGUUAGGGAAAACGGGCUGAAGCAGGGGCUUUGGUUAAGAAAGUCUUGAUGGAAGCCCAUCUCUUUUGUGGGAAGUGUGGUGGCUGGCUAUCAAGGUUGUGUGAAGUAUGCUGACUAUUAAUUGUGCCCUUAUUUAACAGCAAUUUUACAGCGGAAAAUGGGGAAUUCAGAAAGCCAGUACAGCCUACAGGGAUCAAAAAAUCAUACUCCUGCUGCACCCAGUGCCAAGCGGAAGCCUUGCUCUCUGAAAAUUCGUGGCAUUCUUGCAAAAGAUGAUAAGUCCUGCUCUGUGCAUGGUUGGGGACACAACAACAGUGGCUCAAACUACAAAUCAAGGUCUCUAGCCAGAAGUUGUCUCUCCCAUUUCAAGAGUAAUCAGCCUUAUUCAUCUAGACUAAGUGACACAGUGGCCAAGGUCUCUAAAAGCAAUAUCUGUGCCAAACACAGCACAAAUGCCUCGGGGAACUACUGCCAGGGGAGUAAUGCGGCAUUCUUGCCUGAGAAUGGUUUCCAUUAUAUUGGCCUCGAAGCUGCAAGUAAUCAGGUUGCCUCCAGGGAUUGCAAUGGACACAUUUUAAAUUGUUAUGGAAAGAAUGAGAGUGUGGCAUCAACCCCACCAUCAGAGGACAGGAGGAGCCCACGAGUUCUUAUUAAAACACUGGGGAAGCUGGACGGCUGUUUAAGGGUGGAGUUCCACAACAGCAGCAAUGACCAAGUGCCUACGGAGGAGGCCAGUGGACCAGUCCAGCUGUUGAGGUACUCGCCAACUUUAGAAUCUAAGUCAAAUAACCUGCUUGAAGUGAGGAGGAACUCCAGCACCGACUACUCUUCAAGCCAUCGUUUGUCACCAACUGACUCAAGACUUCGAUCCAGUAAAGGGAGCUCCCUAAGCUCAGAGUCUUCAUGGUAUGACUCUCCUUGGGGCAACACUGGGAACAUCAAUGAAUUGGAUCGGUCAUACCUUACUAGGAGCACUCCAGAUACAAGCAUUCAUGCCAGUUUUCCCCCAAAUGACAGCCAAAAGCCCUUUAACCAAAGUUCAUCUCUUUCCUCUCUCCGUGAUCUGUACAAGGAUACAAAUUUGGAAAGAAGCCCGGCCUCAGGCAUCAGGCUGUCUGAUGAAUACAUCAGUACUCCUGCUAGUUUGAGCAACCGUGUUUCAUUUGCCUCAGACAUUGAUGUUCCCUCCAGAGUAGAGCACCAGGGCCCUACACAGUACUCCUCUUACACCCUCCCAUGUAGAAAGUCUAAACCGUUAAAUGAAGAUGCGUCCAAGAAGGAUAGUUUAAAAAGCCGAAUGCGACGUAUCAGUGACUGGACGGGAAGCCUCUCGAGGAAAAAAAGAAAGCUGCAGGAGCCAAAAGCCAAAGAAGGCAGCGAGUAUUUUGACAGCAGAAUUGAUAACUUUGCUACGGAUACUCUGGCGCCACCACAGGUAUCCAGUUUGCUGUGGUCACCUGGCUCUGGUCCCAUUCUGUCACAGAAAAGUGAAUCCACUAAUGCAAUCAGCAGUGAUGUGUUGAGGCAGAACAUUUAUGAAAAUUUCAUGCGGGAGCUUGACAUAAGCAGGACUAAUGUUGAGAACACAGACACAUCGACUGAAAUGGAGGACUCCAGCAGUGAAUCACUCAGCUCCUUGGAGCAACUGGAUCUGCUGUAUGAAAAAGAACAGGGAGUUGUGCGCAAAGCAGGGUGGCUCUUCUUCAAACCGCUAGUAACUCUACAGAAAGAGAAAAAGCUUGAGCUGGUUGCCCGAAGAAAGUGGAAGCAGUAUUGGAUAACACUUAAAGGUUGUACCCUGUUGUUUUAUGAGACAUAUGGGAAGAAUUCCAUGGAGCAGAGCAGUGCACCUAGAUAUGCCCUAUUUGUGGAGGACAGCAUAGUGCAGUCUGUCCCUGAACACCCCAAGAAGGAAAAUGUGUUCUGCCUCAGCAAUUCUUUUGGAGAUGUAUAUCUAUUUCAGGCAACAAGCCAGACUGAUCUGGAAAACUGGGUUACAGCAAUACACUCAGCUUGUGCUUCCCUCUUUGCAAAAAAGCUUGGGAAAGAGGACACUGUCAGGUUGCUGAAAAAUCAGACAAAGAGCCUCAUCCAGAAGAUUGACAUGGAUGGCAAGAUGAAAAAGAUGGCAGAGUUACAGCUCUCAAUUGUCAGUGAUCCAAAGAACAGGAAAGCCAUAGAGAAUCAGAUCCAGCAAUGGGAGCAGAACCUGGAGAAAUUUAACAUGGAUCUCUUCAGAAUGCGCUGCUACCUGGCCAGUCUGCAAGGAGGGGAGCUACCAAACCCAAAGAGUCUUCUGGCUGCUGCCAGCCGUCGCUCGAAACUGGCACUAGGGCGGCUGGGUAUCUUCUCUGUCUCAUCCUUCCAUGCAUUGAUCUGCUCCCGGGAUGAGGCUGCUCUCAGGAAACGGACCCUAUCUCUGUCACAGAGAGUACGAAGCAAGAAGGGCUUGUUUUCGUCACUCAAAGGGCUAGACACAUUGGCAAGAAAGGGAAGAGAGAAACGGCCUUCAAUAAACCAGAUUUUUGAUUCAACUGGAGGGCAUGGAUUUGCUGGCACUCAGAAUGCAGGCAAUUCUACAGAGCAGCAAGUCAAUGAACUUCUGAAUGUUUACUGCUCAGCACCAGAGAAUGGCCAGAAGGAAAGCACUUGGGAAAUCCAGACGUAUGUUCACUUCUCAGAUAGCCAAGGAGUCACAUUAACUCUCAAGCCAGAACACAGGGUGGAAGAUGUUUUGUCUAUGGCCUGCAAGAUGAAGCACCUGGAGCCAAGUUGUUAUGGUCUACAACUUAGAAGACUGAUAGAUGAAAAUAUUGAAUACUGUGUUCCUGAAGCUUAUGAGUACAUGCAAGACCAGAUAUACGAUGAAAUAGAACUAUUUCCAUUAAGUGUUUAUCAUGUGAAUCUUACAAAGAUUGAGAAUAUAAAUGAUUUUGGUUUUGCAGUCACAGCUCAAGUUGACGAAAACCAACAUCUGACUCGUAUAUUCAUAAGCAAUGUCCUCCCAGAUGGACUGGCUUACAGGGAAGGGCUACGCGUAGGCAAUGAAAUCUUGAUUAUAAAUGGGGAAGCUGUGUCUGACCUUGACCUCAGACAGAUGGAGUUACUGUUUUCUGAGAGAAGUGUAAUGCUGACUCUGAGAACAAAUCAUUAUCCCAGUAAGCAAGCAUUAUGUACUUCGUGGUCAGAUGGUGACCUUUCCAGGGACCCCAAAAAUCUAUUACCCCCUCCUAAUCAGUCACAGCUCCUGGAAGAAUUUCUUGAUAACUUCAAAAAGAAUACAGCAAAUGAUUUUAGCAAUGUGCCUGAUGUCACUGCCAGUUUGAAAAGGAGCUCUACUGAUGGCACUUUGGACCAAGUACCACACAGGGAAAAGGCUGAACCACCUUUCCGGAGUGCUGAACAAAUCACAGCGCUGUGCCGGAAUUUUCCCGAAGUCCAAGCAAACGGUAUGGAAGGACAAAAGGGCAGUCAAGAUCCACCUCUGAAACCACUGGCACGACAUCUCUCUGAUGCAGAUCGAUUGCGGAAAGUCAUCCAAGAACUUAUGGAUACUGAGAAAUCAUAUGUAAAGGAUUUAAGCUGCCUCUUUGAGUUAUACUUAGAUCCCCUUCAAAAUGAGACCUUCCUUACCCAGGAUGAGAUGGAGUCCUUGUUUGGCAGCCUGCCAGAAAUGUUGGAUUUCCAGAAAGUAUUUUUGGAGACUCUGGAAGAUGGAAUUUCUUCCUCCUCAGAUUUUAACACACUAGAAACACCAUCCCAGUUCCGGAAACUGCUGUUUUCACUUGGCGGUUCUUUUCUGUAUUAUGCUGACCACUUUAAGCUCUACAGUGGAUUUUGUGCAAACCACAUCAAAGUGCAGAAGGUUCUUGAGAGAGCCAAAACAGAUAAAGCUUUCAAAGCCUUUCUGGAUGCGCGGAACCCCACAAAACAGCAUUCUUCGACACUGGAGUCAUAUCUCAUAAAGCCUGUUCAGAGAGUGCUGAAGUAUCCCCUACUCCUAAAAGAGCUGGUGUCCCUAACUGAUAAUGAGAGUGAGGAGCAUUAUCAUCUGACAGAAGCACUAAAAGCAAUGGAAAAAGUAGCCAGUCAUAUCAAUGAGAUGCAGAAGAUAUAUGAGGACUAUGGUACUGUGUUUGAUCAACUAGUUGCAGAUCAAAGCGGAACAGAGAAGGAGGUCACAGAACUUUCUAUGGGAGAACUUCUGAUGCACUCCACAGUUUCCUGGUUAAACCCUUUCCCGUCGCUGGGCAAAGCCAGAAAAGACCUUGAACUUACCGUGUUUGUUUUUAAGAGGGCUGUCAUACUAGUUUAUAAAGAGAACUGCAAACUGAAAAAGAAAUUGCCUACUAAUGCUCGGGCUGCACAUAAUUACAGUGACUUGGAUCCAUUUAAAUUUCGUUGGCUGAUUCCUUUAUCUGCUCUUCAGGUCCGACUGGGGAAUACAGCAGGAACAGAAAACAACUGCAUCUGGGAAUUGAUUCAUACGAAGUCAGAAAUAGAAGGCAGACCUGAAACAAUUUUCCAGUUGUGCAGCAGUGACUGUGAAAGCAAGACUAACAUUGUGAAGGUGAUCCGUUCCAUUUUGCGGGAGAACUUCAGACGUCGUAUAAAAUGCGAGUCUUCGCUGGAGAAAGCUUGCAAGGAUUGCCUAGUUCCUCUCAAGAACCGUGUGCCUGUUUCUGCCAAAUUGGCUUCCACAAGAUCCUUAAAGGCACUGAAGAAUUCACCCAGUAAUGAGUGGAACAGUGAUCUAGGGAAAGGAAACUUACUGGAUUCUGAUGAAUGCAGUCUGAGUAGCAGUACUCAGAGUAGCAGUUGCCAUACCACAGAAAGCAUACAGGAAUCUAAGAAUUCAUCUCCUGUGAAGCAUUUGCCGAGCUGCGCAUCAGAUUUUUCAAACAGCCUUGUCAAGGAAUCCGAUAUUCUCAGUGACGACGAUGAUGACUAUGAUCAGAGCCUCAAAAACGGCAGUCCUACUAAGGACAUUGAAAUACAGUUUCAGAGGCUAAAUAUUUCUGAGGGGCCCAGUGAUGACACAGAGCAAGAGCAGCCCAGUGAAAACGAGGCUGGGAAUGGUUAUAAAAUGGGGGAGCAUCCAAAGCUGGUGCGUGGACAUUUCUGUCCAAUUAAACGAAAGGUGAACAGCACAAAACGUGGUAAGGGAACUUUACUGGCAAUGCAAGAACGUCAUCAGUCUCUUGACGGUCAUUCUGAUAAUGGAAGUUUGGAUCUCAACUCUAUUUUAGAGAGGGAAUUUAGUGUCCAGAGUUUAACUUCUGUAGUUAAUGAGGACUGUUUUUAUGAAACAGAGGAAAAGCAUGGAAAAUCUUAGCUAGCUGAGUAUAAUAUGGUUUAAAAAGUUAAUUUUAAGGCCAAAUAAAUUUAACUUGUUUUGCUUUAAAACUAGUUAUUACAUGGAAAUUGCUGAAAAGCUAUUUUUUAUUUAUGCACUAAUACAUUUCCAUAAAAGCAGUUGUAAAGGAUUCUUAAGUUAUUUUAAUUUAUUGUGGAUCAGAAAACCUAGAUUAAGUUGGCCAGAGUCUAUAAAUAAGUUUAUCCCUUUUGAGCAGAUAAUAAAAUUACGUAGCAUCCUUACAGGAAACAUUUCUAAUUAUUUUAAAUUAUGUGGGAAAAUGUAUGGAAAAUGGGAGGGUGAGUUCUGUUUUAUAGGAAUAAAAAAAAAUGUCAAAACAACUUUU